GUGGAACCGUUCCAUGAGCAGACAGGAGAACCAGCUUUAUGCGGGGAGGGAGAGAAUUGCUCCCCUCAUCCCCCGUGAGUCACACCCUGGAGAUGAUAAAUUUCAACAUUUUGAUUUCGGGAGAUUUUGAGUUUUGAGCUUAAAAUGACUGAAGAACCACGAGGUGGAUCUACGUGUUUCGAGUCUAGAAGUCUGAAUACAGAUUUACGAUUUAUGAGCACAUAGGAGGUGGAUCCAAGGGAGAGAUUAAACAGGGCACAGAAGAGUUUCUAAAAAUAAUAUUUUUCGGGGUAAAAAACCCCCAACAAAACACGAUUCUUUCAGCAGAAACCAGAGCAUUUUCUCACAGACUCUCCUACAGAGAGCCCUGAUAAAGUAAUAAACAUGCUAACAGUAAGAACCCCAACCAAUUUCAUAGGGCAGUUUGUGGUAAUUACUCUCAGUAUGGAGCAGAUAGUCCUCUUGCAAAACCCGAUUUAGCAAACUUUGCUAGCUCCAUGUGGGGCCUCCAAAGGACACAGUUGGGCACUAAAUCCUGCCUGAAAACAAAGGCCGAUUUAGAGGAUGCGUAGAAACGGAUGCACAGAAUAUCCCUCAGUCUUCUCUGUGUAGCAGGCCCUCCGUAUACGCGGGUUCCCCAAGAUCGAAAUACCAAACCAAUGAAUUUUUUUAAAAAAAGUACAACAAAAGCUAGUAAAAAUAAAAACAGCAUAACAAUUACUUACAUAGCAUUUACAUUGGAUUUGGUGUUACAAAGUAAUUUAGAGACCAUUUAAAGUCCACGGGAGGCUGUGCAUAGUUAUGUGCAAAUACUACGCCAUUUUCUAUGAGAGACUUGAGCAACCUGGAUUUUGGUAUCGGCGGGAGCCCUGGACCAAUCCCCCUCAGUUCUACCGAGGGAGAACUGUUUUGUUUCUUCCAGCACUGCUUUGACCGACAGCGUGUUGGGAUUCGCUGACCUCCAUGAGAAAGCUUGGCAGCAUGCUGAGAUCAGUUUUCCCAGGGCCAGAAUUCUCCCGUGUGAGCUAAAAUAGAGUGGCUCGGUCCAACAAAACAGAGCCUAGAGUCAGGAAUUAUGGCGAACCUGCUCCCUCCCGUCCUCCCUUGGCGCACAGAUCCCUGGCGCCGCCGCUCUCCAGUGUUAGCCUCGUGGUCGGAACGGCGCUUCCUGAGGCUUUAUAUAAGCACGGCUCUGAAUCCGCUCGUCGGGAUUAAAUCCUGCGCUGGCGCGCUCCUGCCCGCCUCUGGCCUCCAUUUGCUCUACCUGAGGCUCCCUCCAGAAGAACUUUCCCUUAGCCUCAGUGCAGUGCCUUCCGGGCGUCCUCAGACCAGACACAGGCCAAAGCCACUGCAGAAUCCGGAAGCCCCGGGUUGGGAUCUGAAUUCUCCCGGGGACUAUGGCGUAGUGGGUGGGGAGGGGGGGAAGAGGGUGGGAGGGACCUGAGCAGAGUGGAGGAGGAGGGAGAGAAAAACAGAAAAGAAAUGACGAAAUGUCGAGAGGGCGGGGACAAUUGAGAAAGCUUCCCGCCGGCGCGCUUUCGGUUUUCAAUCUGGUCCGAUACUCUUGUAUAUCAGGGGAAGAGCGUGCUUGCCUUGACAGAAGCUGUCUUUCAGGCUGUAGCAGUCAUGUCUGGCAGGGGAAAGGGUGGAAAAGGCUUAGGCAAAGGGGGCGCUAAGCGCCACCGCAAGGUCCUGAGAGACAACAUUCAGGGCAUCACCAAGCCUGCCAUUCGGCGUCUAGCUCGGCGUGGCGGCGUUAAGCGGAUCUCUGGCCUCAUUUACGAGGAGACCCGCGGUGUGCUGAAGGUGUUCCUGGAGAACGUGAUUCGGGACGCAGUCACCUACACCGAGCACGCCAAGCGCAAGACCGUCACAGCCAUGGAUGUGGUGUACGCGCUCAAGCGCCAGGGGCGCACACUGUACGGCUUCGGAGGCUAGGCCGCCGCUCCAGCUUUGCACGUUUCGAUCCCAAAGGCCCUUUUUAGGGCCGACCACUUGCUCAUCUGAGGAGCUGGACACUUGACUGCAUAAAGUGCAACAGUAACGAUGUUGGAAGGUAACUCUGCCAGUGGGGCGACAGUCGGAUCUGAAGUUAACGGAAAGCUACUGUGGCCCAUGGCGCUCACAGCCGUAAAGACUGAAGUCGUUGACCGAAAGCGGCUUUUUCACUUACUUGGGUUUUUUUUUUUUUUUUUAAGCCUUUAUCGAUAUGAAAGGUCGAACGUGCUCUAGGUUUGAGCACUCCUUUCUCGGCUUGCUCUUCUGGAGCAGUAGUAUAUAGGCACACCUAGAGGGGCACGUCACUCUUUGCGAUCACCAGAUCUGGUUCAGAGAAAUAGGCACUGGCAAUUUACACGUGCCUUGCUAGGUAAUCUCACUAUAUUUGCUCAGGCAAAGUGGGAGAAUCGGCCUUAGAUUUUCGUUCUAGAGAUGCCGGCUUUCCCACCUGAUCGGCUUAGAUUUCGCGAUUGACUGUUCUGGGCUUCAUUUUACCCUCUACAUAACAAGCGGGUGGACUAGAUGCUUUAGUAAGGGUCCAUGUUAUAUGGUACCUUCAGCCACGCACUCAGCUCAAUCUUCGCACAGUUAAAAAAAUGAGUUUCUAGCAAGCUAUCUGCCCAGUGCCUGAGAAGUAUCAUUUCUUGUGUUCAGUAAAAAGGCUCCUAAUUUAAUCAAGGACCUAUGAGAUAACUGUCUUUCAGUUGUGGCACUGCAAGGAUACAAAUGCAGAGACAUUUUAAUGUGAUCCUUCUAUAAGAGUGAACCAACGAUAUGAUCUGAAAGCAACUUCACAACUAAUUCAGAUGUGGCUGCUCUCAUCAGCAUCAAACACUUGAGACUGAACUAAGCUUAAAACACGGUACUUAGCAAUCAGGUUGCGGGCAAAGCACUGGAUGCAAGACUUGCCUUCCAGGAGCUUACCAAUCGGGUUGCCAGCAAAGCAGUGGAUGCAAGACUUGCCCUCCAGGAGCUUACCAUCAGAACGGAGAAGACAAACAAAUGCAUAAUAUAUAGACGACAUAAAAAUCCAUACCUGUACACAUUUAAGAAUAAACAGUCCAAUAGUAA